CUGAAAAUAUCCAAGCGGACAAUAUCUGCUGGCAGCUGAAAUUGUUUCGAGAAUCGGACGAUUGAAUACACCCCUAUAACGGUAGGUGACUAGGCAGGUCGCCGGCCACUAGAGGGACGAGAUCACACGGUAGUUGGUAUGGGCGCUUAUUGGACUAGCACACCAACACUUUAUCUCAUCCACAAUGUCGGCGCCAAAUAUCCCCAGAGUGGUGAUAUCUACACAUCACUCCCCCUAGAUGAGCUGGCAGAGGCUGAUCCAUGCAACCUUACUGGCCAGAUCACUAUAGAUCUCAGUCGCAGAACGGGAUGGGGUAGAUUUGGCGAUGUGUAUAAGGGUGAAUAUGAAGGCUCGAACGUGUGCGUCAAAGUUCUCAGAGAGGUAUCUGUCGCCGACGCAGAUCGGCUGAAGAAGUUUUUUCGACGACUCAAGCGAGAAAUAAAGGUGUGGCACAAGAUGGGCGAUGACAAUGUGAUUGCAUUUCUGGGCUGGACGUUACAGCCUGUGGAUGGCAGCCUGCGUGUGAGCUUGGUCUCACAGUGGGCUGAUGGCGGCAACGUCACCGAGUUCCUGCGCCAAAACCCUGAUGCAGACCGUCUUGGUAUUGUCAGGGGUGUGUGUCGAGGAUUGGCACAUCUUCACUCGUGUGGUGUGGUUCACGGUGACAUCAAGCCAGAAAACGUAGUGGUAUCGAGCAGCACACAAACAGGCCCCAAGCCCAAACUAUGCGACUUUAGACUCUCGUCCGUCGUCGACGAUUUCACCACACGUGCGAAAGCACCCAGCACGAUGGGAACCAUCCGUUAUACGUCUCCUGAGUUAAUGGACGGAACCGUGACUGGGAGGGACGAAAAUAGCGAUGUCUGGGCGUUUGGCUGUACAGCCGCACAGAUCCUUACCAGUCAAGUCCCGUAUGCCUGGGUAUCGCAUCAACUCCAGCUUUCCUCUGCCAUCUGCCAAGGCCCUCCCUAUGAUGUAUCAAACAACACCGAAUUCUUUGCGAACUGUAUCGCUGCAUGCUUUGAAUCCCGUCGUGAGCUACGACCCAGCGUCGCCAAACUUAUCCAAUGGCUCGAACUUGAGCCUGGUUCUUUGACUUCAGUGUCCUUGAUCAAUUCGCUACCACGUGUCAUCGUUAUGCUGCAUAUGCUUUCGCUUCUCCAGAGGCUGGAUGAUCUGCCUUACUUGUGGAGAUAUCAAAGGAAUCGCGACAUCGCGGGGCUCGACGCAGAGUUCCGAAAAGCGAUCCCCGUUCCGGUUCAAACCGAAUGUUGUGAAUGGUAUAGGAUUAUCUUCAGGUGUUCUGCUGGAGAUAUAAACGCCUUGGACGCCUUCAAGAUGGUUGUUCCUUUAUUGCUCCACUGGAUUUGUGCUAUGUCUAUCAUGGGAAAGCUCGAAGAAGCCCUCGUAGGAUUAUAUGAGAUGAAAAAUUAUACAGUGGGGGACCGUACUUUUGGAACGCUCCUAUGCGAACUUCAUCGGAUGAUCCUCCAAUCUCGAGCUGCAAUUAGAGCAUGUUCUCUCUCAAUCCUCGGCGGUUUGCACCCCUUCGUACCUUGGCGCAGUGCCUUGCGAUCGUAUUUCCCUCAAAUGUUUUCUAAGGGCCUCCUUGCAUUGAUUGCCCCGGGCUUCACCCGACCCGACGCGGAAUGGCCCCCCUUAUCACAACGCUGGAGCAACCUAUAUCAUGGAGGAUCUCCAUCGCAUUCUCACCCGAUAACCGCUAUUUAGCCACCUCCGAUAACAAAUUGGUGCGGAUAUGGGAUAUGGCGACUGGGAUGACUUCCCGUCUUCUCGAUGGUCAUACCUCGCUAGUGACGUCUGUUGUGUUUUCUUUCGACGGCAGCUAUAUUGCCUCCGCAUCGAUCGACAAGUCAGUUCGGAUUUGGAAUAUGGUAACGGGAAUAGCUGCCCUCACCCUCAACGGUCAUACCGAUACAGUGACAUCUGUUGCAUUCUCACCCGAUGGCCGGUGGCUAGCAUCCGCCUCACGGGACAAAUCAAUACGGAUAUGGGAUGUAUCUUCCGGGUAUCUCUUUUCACUCUCAACGAUCAUACCGAUUGCGUGGAGUCCGUUGCAUUUUCGCCCAGCGGUCAAUAUCUUGGUUCCGCUUCUUUCGAUGGUUCCGUGCGGAUAUGGGAAUUGUCUACGAUGGCCUCUGUAG